GGCGGCAUGGGGGAGCCGAGCGGCGCGGGGGCGGCCCAGGCGGUUCGCGGCCGCUGAGGCGGCGGCCCGGGAGUGCUGCGGGCGCGGAGCGAGCCAUGCGGGGGGCGAAGUUACUGGCGGCUGUGCUGUGCCCCCUCGCGCUGCUCGUCGCCAGGUCGUGGGCGCUCCGCCUCCACCCGGGACAAGAGACCUUAGUGAAGCAGCUGUCCUCCUAUGAAAUCAUCACACCUGUCCGGGUGAAUGAGUUCGGAGAAGUUUUUCCUCACGCGCGUCACUUCAGCAGGAGGAAAAGGAGCUCGGAGCCCGCCGCUCUCCGCACGCACUACCGGCUCAGCGCGUACGGGCAGCUCUUCCAGCUCAACCUAAGCGCCGACGCGGGCUUCAUCGCCGCUCAGUUCGCUGCGGUGCACGUCGGAGCCCCUCGGCAGCCUCCCUCACCCGACCUGCGGCACUGCUUCUACCGCGGGCACGUCAACGCGCAGCAGGCGCACGUGGCCGUCCUCAGCGUCUGCGGCGGCCUGAUGGGCACCUUUAAAGCACAUGAUGGUGAAUAUUUUUUAGAACCUCUGAUGAAAACGGAUGGAGGUGAACAUGAAGAUGAGCAUAACAAACCACAUCUUAUAUACAGGCAUGAAGAAAUUAAUAGAAAGUAUCAGAAAUCCCAUAAACCUUGUGAAGUUUCAGAAAAGGAGGUGAAGAAAAGCACUUUACUACAUCCAAAUGUCAGCAGCUUAAAUGAGGAGAGAAACAUUUUAUGGAAGUCUCCAAGUUUAGAGUCUGCUUUUAAAAAUCUGACUAUGGAGGAUGCUGGCAAAAAUCCACAUUCCCGGAAAAAACGUUUUCUUUCUUAUCCAAGAUAUGUUGAAGUGAUGGUUACAGCUGACACCAAAAUGGUUCGUCAUCAUGGACAGAAUUUACAGCACUAUGUAUUAACACUGAUGUCAAUAGUUGCAGCAAUUUAUAAAGAUUCAAGUAUUGGAAAUCUUAUAAAUAUAGUUAUUGUAAAGUUAAUUGUAAUUCACAAUGAGCAGGAAGGACCAACGAUCACUUUCAAUGCAGCUACCACUCUUCGUAAUUUUUGUAUAUGGCAGCAAGCACAAAAUAUUUUGGAUGAUGCUCACCCUUCUCAUCAUGACACGGCUGUUCUUAUCACUAGGGAAGAUAUCUGCAGAGCUAGAGAGAAGUGUGAUACUCUAGGUUUGGCAGAGCUAGGUACAAUGUGUGACCCACUACGCAGCUGCUCUAUAAGUGAAGAAAAUGGAUUAAGUGCUGCUUUUACUAUAGCACAUGAGCUUGGGCAUGUAUUUAAUGUGCCACAUGAUGACAGCUUUAAAUGUAAAGAAGCUGGAAUUAAACAUCAAUACCAUGUUAUGGCUCCAACUUUGAAUUACCAUACAAGUCCAUGGACCUGGUCAAAAUGCAGUCAAAAAUAUAUCACUGAAUUUCUUGACACUGGUUAUGGUGAAUGCCUCCUAGAUAAACCGAGUGGAAGAAUUUAUGGUCUUUCUUCUCAGCUGCCUGGAUUAAUGUAUGAUGUCAAUAAGCAGUGUGAGCUUAUGUUUGGCCUUGGGUCGCAAGUGUGUCCCUAUCUGAAACAAUGCAAACGUUUAUGGUGCACGAGCACAGAGGGAGUUCACAAGGGAUGUCGGACUCAGCACAUGCCUUUGGCUGAUGGAACAGUUUGCGGUGUGGGAAUGCACUGCCGCCAUGGAAUUUGUGUGAGCAGGGAAAUGGAGACGCGUCCUGUAGAUGGAGAGUGGGGACCGUGGGGACCUUAUAGCUCAUGUUCAAGAACUUGUGGAGGUGGAAUCAAGAGCACCACCAGGCUCUGUAACAGACCAGAACCAAGAAAUGGAGGAAAGUACUGUGUUGGCCGCAGGAUGAAAUUUCGUUCCUGUAAUACUGAUUCAUGUCCAAAGGGCAAAAAAGAUUUCCGGGAGCAACAGUGCUCUGAAUUUGAUGGCAAACAUUUUAACAUCAAUGGUCUUACAUCUGCCGUUCGCUGGCUUCCAAAAUACAGUGGUAUUUCAAUGAAAGAUCGCUGUAAACUUUUUUGCCGAGUUUCUGGAACAACUUCCUACUAUCAGCUGAAGGACAGAGUUGCUGAUGGUACUCCCUGUGGAGCAGAAACCAAUGACCUUUGUGUUCAAGGCUUAUGCAGGCAAGCAGGCUGUGAUCAUGUUUUGAAUUCCAAGGCUAGGAGAGACAAAUGUGGAAUCUGUGGUGGUGAUAACUCUUCAUGUAAGACACUUGCAGGUACUUUCAACCGUGCUCGUUAUGGUUACAAUGUUGUAGUACAGAUUCCCAAAGGAGCAACAAACAUUGAUAUUCGGCAGCACAGCUACUCAGGGAAACCAGAAGAUGACAACUACCUUGCAUUAUCUGAUGUUCAUGGGAAUUUUAUCUUGAAUGGAAAUUUUGUUGUAAGCAUGUCAAAAAGAGAAAUCAACAUACAUGGAGCAAUUUUUGAGUACAAUGGUUCAAACAAUACAGUAGAACGAAUUAACAGCACUGAUAGGAUUGAAGAGGAGUUAACCUUACAGGUUUUGUGUGUAGGGAAUUUAUACAACCCUGAUGUGCGUUAUUCAUUCAAUAUUCCAAUAGAAGACAGAAGUGAUCUGUUUACGUGGGAUCCCUAUGGACCCUGGCAGGACUGCAGCAGGAUGUGUCAAGGUAUUAGAAGAAGAAGAAUGACGUGCAUACGUAGAAGUGAUCAUGUGGUUGUGUCUGAUCAAAGAUGUGAAUAUAUACCUCCUGUUCCAGAUGUCUCUGAAGAGUGUAAUACGGAGUGUGAAUUAAGGUGGCACAGCAUUGGCAAAAGUGACUGCACAUCAAAGUGUGGCCCGGGGUAUCGAUCUAUAGAAAUCCACUGCAUGAAGUACUCCGUUUCAAAAGGACUCAGUGCCCUGGUGGAUGAUAGAUACUGUGCUGAUCAGCAGAAACCACCAACCAGAGAGCCCUGUCAUGGCGACUGUAUGUUAACAAGCUGGCACUACACAGAAUGGUCAGAGUGCUCCAGGAGCUGUGAAAGAGGCGUCAGAACCAGAGAGGCUUUCUGUUUGAACAACUUGGGUCGUCAUCUUCCUGACAGAGAAUGUCAGGAACUUCCAAGAGUUGUAACACAGAGUUGCAAUGAAUUCUUGUGUCCAAGCUGGUCUGCUAGUGAGUGGAGUGAGUGCCCUGUGACAUGUGGCAAAGGAAUGAAACAUCGACGAGUAUGGUGCCAACUUAAUGAUGAACAACUGAGAGACGAUUUCUGUAAUCUGAAUGAUAGACCAGGAUCAGUAACACCAUGUGAACUUCCUGAAUGCGCAUCUUGGCAAGUAGGCCCUUGGGGAGCAUGUACUGUAACGUGUGGACGUGGAUACCAGAUGCGUGUAGUCAAAUGCGUUACUGGGACUUACAGAGUUAUUUUGGAUGAUGACAGAGAAUGUAAUGCUGCUACUCGUCCUAGAGAUAACCAAGAAUGUGAAUUGCCCUCUUGUCCAGAAACUACAAAAUUAUGGACUACAUCGUUUCCUCUAAUCCAUGUAGGAAAGGUGACCCAAUGGCGAUAUGGAUCAUGGACCCCAGUAUGUAAUUGUUCAGCAUCCUGUGGGAAGGGUGAUCGUGCUCGCUAUGUGAGCUGUAGAGAUGCUCAUGGAGGAAUAGCAGAUGAGUCUUUCUGUGCUCAUUUGCCACGUCCAGCUGAGGUUUCAAGUUGCUUUAGCCCAUGUGGAGAGUGGCAAGUUGGAAACUGGUCCCCUUGCACAGUUACAUGUGAUAGUGGAAUAAUAACAAGACAAGUUAUCUGUGUCAACUACCAUCAACAAAUCAACGAGAAUUACUGCGAUCCUGAAGGCCGUCCCUCUAAAGAACAAGAAUGUAACAUGCCACCAUGUUCACCAGUUUAUCACACUCCGAAAAUACAUGAGCAUCCAAGUCAUUUUCCAGAAGCAGGUUAUCCUCCAAUACGUCAUCCGCUAGACAGUGUGAACCAGUGGAAUCAUCCUUCUGUAGGAGGAUAUCAAUGGAGGACUGGACCCUGGGGAGCAUGCUCUAGUACUUGUGCAGGUGGAUUUCACCGUCGAGUUGUAGUAUGUCAAGAUGAGGAAGGAAGAAGCGCUAGUUAUUGUGAUGAGGCAAGUAAACCUCCAGAGUCAAGACACUGUGAUUCUGGACCCUGCCCACGAUGGAACUAUGGAAACUGGGGAGAAUGUACCCAAACAUGUGGAGAUGGAAUAAAGACAAGACUGGUGAUAUGUCAGCUUCCUACUGGCCAAAUGCUGGGUGAUCAAAACUGUGAAAUUCUAGACAAGCCACCUAAUAUGGCACAAUGUAAUGUGCAUUCUUGCCCUGGUGAUGUUUCAUGGCAUCGGGGACCAUGGAAAUCGUGUUCUGUUUCCUGUGGGAAAGGUUUGAAGCAUCGUGAUGUGCAUUGUUUUAAUAGCUUCCAGGCUAAAAUAGAGGAUGAAAACUGCAGACAUUUAAAAAAACCACGGACAUACAAAAUCUGUAGAGCCGGAAGAUGUCCUGCCUGGAAAGCCAGCGGAUGGAAAGAAUGUUCUGUAUCCUGUGGUGUGGGGAUUCAGCAGAGGGACAUCUACUGUCAGGUGAAGGGCCUGGGUGAAGUGAGUGAAGCAAUGUGCAACCACGAUGCACGGCCCGCUGACCACAGGCCCUGUUGGCUGCCUGCCUGCACGCGGUACCAUUGGCUGGCAGAUGGAUGGGAGAAUUGCUCAACGUCAUAUAGAAGAAAGGAAAUACACCAGAAGGUUAAGUGUGUGGAUGAAAACCAGAUCCAAGUGGAUGAAAGCUUCUGCAAUCCUGCCACGAAACCUCCAUCCAUCAAAAACUGCAGGAGAGCUCCCUCCAAAUAUGUUGUGCUCACAGGAGAACUGUCACAGUGUUCAGCCAGCUGCGGGUUGGAUUACCAACAGAGGAUCACAUACUGUGUUGGAAUCCAUUCUGUUCAAAACAAGCACGCCUAUGGCCUUCGAAGUGUGGCGUAUCGUAAAUGCCCAGUGACACCCUCCCCAUACAUUUAUUACUGUAAUAUCAAAGGAUGCUCACAAGCAGCUACCUGGAGAGUGGGGAAGUGGACCAAGUGCUCAGUGUCUUGUGGAGCAGGGGUAAAGGAGAGAACAGUGGAGUGUAUGACUGAAAAUGGCUUAUCCAGUGACUUGUGCCUGCCACAUUUAAAACCAGAUACCAGGAGGAUCUGCCAUGCAGAGGAAUGUGAAAUUAUUACCACCUGCAAAGAUAUCCAGAUCAGAAAAGGGAUGAGAAAAGACGGUGAAUACCUACUCAACAUUAAAGGAAGGAUGAUAAAAAUCUAUUGUUCAGACAUGCACUUAGACAAUCCCAAAGAAUAUUUGACGUUGGUAAAAGGAGAAGCAGACAAUUUCUCUGAAGUGUAUGGACUCAGGUUACAGAAUCCAUAUGAAUGUCCUUUCAAUGGAAGCAGGAGGCAAGACUGUGCCUGUCGAAAUGAUUACCUUGCAGCUGGCUUCACGGUUUUUAGUAAAAUAAGAUUUGAUGUCGCCUCCAUGCAAAUUAAAACCACAGAUUUUCUUUUUGCUCAGACUAUACUUGGGAGAGCAGUUCCGUUUGCUACAGCUGGAGAUUGCUACAGUGCUGCCAGAUGUCCUCAGGGCCAGUUCAGCAUUAAUUUGGCUGGUACAGGUCUGAGAUUAUCCAGUACUGUUAGGUGGAUGGCUCAGGGCAACUAUGCAACCGCUGACAUACACAAAUCCCAUGAUGGUACCAAAAUAUAUGGAAGAUGUGGAGGGUUUUGUGGGAAGUGUAUUCCUAACACAAUUACUGGUCUCCAGCUUCAAAUAAAGUGAGAACUCUGAUGUGGUAAGAACAUCAAAGCAGAAACAUCUGUCAUUUAGGUGCAAAUUGUAGGUGCUGUGUAUAUACAUAUUUUUUAAUUCUUUCAUCUCUGUAAUACUCAUUACUGUAAUGCUCACUGCUGAGAAUUCCUUCCUGUUUUCUUUGGUGUUUAUUCAGGGAGGUACUGCCUGUUUAUGGGCUAACAAGUGUGUAAAUCACAACUUCAGGUUUUAAUGGGGAGACCUCCGUUCUUUGUAAAGUAGAAACGUCAGCAAGUAAAUUGCACUCAUGUUGCUAACAUGCAUAACACCUUAAACUGUGCCAUAACUGCAUUCUUUACUUACAAUUAGCCGGUGCAAUUCUUUCUGCAAUAUUCAGUACUUUCUGCACUGAUUUUCUUGAUUGGCUCUACUAAAAUUUGGGAAGGAAAGGAAAUGAUCGCUACACAGAGAAAACAGCUGGUAAUGUCAAAUACGUGCAACUUUGUGUAUUCUGUUAAGAAUGUCAGUAAUUUUCAGCAGGAAAAUACAUAACCAGUGUUCUUUCUCCUGAGAUAGUUUCUAUAGAUCUGUGUGUUUCUCUGUCAGUAAAAACAUUUUUCCUUGUCCCUCUCAUUAAAUCCUUCGUGGUGCUCAAAUACUAGCAGUAAUGCUGAAAAGUGUGGUUUGACCUUUGUAGUCUCUCUAGCACAUGCUAAACAUUUAAUGCAUAGUAUUUCUGUGGUUACAGGAAGAGAAAAUAAGAAGUAUUGCUUGGAGAUCUGAUUUUAAUCCCUGCCUCUCAACCAAAUAUACUGUAAAAGCAGUUUAUUUGUUGACCAUAUCACCUUCUGUGUGAUUGUCUGAACAUGCAUUUACUUAAACCCUUUCCACUUACACCUUAUUGCAGUGGUAUAUUAGUAAUGACUAGUGUGUCUCCCUUUUAUAUUCCAAUUCAAUCAGUAACCUUAGUGAAAACUUUGGGCAGCAUCAUACUCACAGUGUGGCUAGUGUCUGUCUUUGACUCUGUUUGAUUUCUGAAUGGUUGUAAAUGCAGCUCUAACAUCUGCUAAUUACAAUUAUUUCUUCCAGAAAAGUAACUGUGUGAUAGAGGGGAAGGAUUUGUUGUUUUGCAUUACCUUACAGUCCAGAACUGUAGAAGUAUGUGCUAACAAAGAUAAUAUGUUUCAGGGGAAAUACUCAGGUAUUCCAAGCAGAAUUUUCUCCAUGUCUAGUAUCUUAUAUGAUGUAACGGAUAACUAUACAUACUUCUGACAAUGUGCAUUCUGUAAACCAAAUACUUGUUUUGUAUGCUGGUAAAAUUGGUAGAUCAAAUGGCAACUAUAUCAGAUUUUUACCCACAAAGAGCUAACCAUAAAUUAGUAAUAUGUAUUAAUUAAAAACAAUACUGUACCACAUAAGUGUAAGCAGCUACAUUUUAGAUAACACACGUAGGUAAUUAUUUUUUUUAUCUCUGCAUCAGAAAUGUAUUUUUGCACUAUGUGCCUUGUAUUAAUUGUAAAAGUUAUUAAGAAUUUAAAACAUUAUUUUCCUAGAAAUGUUUAUGUUUAUAAUUAAAGUCUUGUAAUUUAUAAAGUAUUUAUAUAAUAAAUAUGCUUGUGUGAA